AUGGGGAUUGAAUCUCAGAUAGUUUCUGCAUCUGUCUCCGAAGAUACAAGGUGUACUUACCACAAGUUCAGUAGCAGUGUUAGUGGUAGUAAUUGUACGAGGAAGAGGAAGAGGAAGAGGGGGAGCUCGUCGUCGGGGAGGAACCCGGCGAGGCGCGGCGGAGGGGCGGAGGAGGAGGCAGCGGCGGCGGCUGCGGCGGCGCUCCGGCGACAGGGGCGGCGGAUGAAGCCGUUCGAGCACGUCGGGAUGAUGUGGUUAUCCGCCCUCACCGCCGCCGCGUUCGCGCUCCUCCUUUGCCUCGUGUACUUGAGCUACGGGGGCGGAGGAGGAGGAGGUGGGGGGAGGGGGAGGUUGGGGAUCGAGUCGGAGGAGAAGGGGACGAGGAGCGGCGGAGGAGGCGAUGGUGGUGGAGGAGGAGGAGGAGGAGGAGGAGCUAGGGUUUGCGAUGUGUUCGAUGGGAGGUGGGAGUUGGACGAGGAGAGUUAUCCGCUGUACGAGUCCAAGGAUUGCCCCUUCUUGGACGAGGGUUUCCGAUGCUCCGAGAACGGGAGACCCGAUCGCUUCUACACCAAGUGGGGGUGGCGCCCCUCCCACUGCGACCUCCCCAGAUUUAAUGCAACGAAGAUGCUGGAGUUGCUGCGAAACAAAAGACUGGUAUUUGUAGGUGACUCUAUCGGGAGAAACCAAUGGGAGUCCCUCCUUUGCAUGCUUUCGACUGCUGUUCCAGACAAGAAUUCAUCAAUCUAUGAAGUCAACGGCAAUCCAAUUACGAAGCAUAUGGGGUUCUUGGUGUUCAAGUUCAGGGAUUACAACUGUACUGUGGAGUACUACAGAGCCCCUUUUAUUGUGGUGCAGAGUCGAGCCCCAGCUGGGGUGCCCGAGAAGGUUAAGACCACACUUAAGUUGGAUGUCCUGGAUUGGUCGUCUCCCCACUGGAAGGAUGCCGAUGUGCUCAUCUUUAAUACUGGACACUGGUGGAACUAUGAGAAGACUAUACGAGGGGGUUGUUUCUUUCAAGAAGGAAAUGAGGUUAAGAUGAGAAUGAGCGUGGAUGCUGCUUAUGAGAGAGCAAUAGAGACGGUUUUUAAUUGGAUUCAGAGAGAGGUUAAUAGAAGUAAGACUCAAGUCAUCUUCCGCACAUAUGCUCCUGUACAUUUCAGAGGUGGCGACUGGAAAAUGGGAGGUAGCUGUCACAUGGAAACGUUUCCAGAGCUCCUUACUAAGCCGUCGACGAAGCCGUGGGCUCGCCUGCUGAAACCGUUCACGAACUCUACUAAGUCCGGCGGUGGUACCACCGUGCCGCUCGAGCUCGUGGAUGUGCUCAACGUGACCGAAAUGACGGCUCAGCGGAAAGACGGCCAUCUAUCCGUAUUUUACCUCGGCGCGUCUUCGGGCCCGGCCCCCCUCCACAGACAGGACUGCAGCCACUGGUGCUUGCCGGGCGUGCCCGACGCGUGGAACGAGCUACUCUACUACCUUAUCCUCAAAAGGGCGGAUCGAUCUGUAAUCACCUGGCGAACUUCUUAGAUGCAAUAAUAAAUUCGCCAUUGAUUCAAGUUUAGUGAGAGUAGAAGCUACGUUCGCCGUCGAGAUACCCCUCCUGGCUCAAUUCCCGGAGAACAGCUUCUCUUUGGGCGGGAACAUCCGAAAUGUAGACCACGGCCGAGCGGUUCUUCGCGGUCGAUGACGGAAACGAGAACAGUUCUACCCUUGCUGAAACUGAAUCGCAGCUGAAUCACAAUUUCGUUGAUCUGAACACCACCGCCGCUGCUGUGUCUCCGUACAGAAUUACCAGUACAGUUAAUCUUGUCUGAGCAUGCUUCGAGUCGUCAAUCAGUGAUUGCAAAAUUUCUUCUUCAUUUUUUUUUUUUUUUAAUUCUUAUAGUUUUGUUUCUGCUGCAGGGCUUGUUAGUAGCAAGCUACAAAAUGGUAGCCGUGUAUAGAGAAAGCAAUAGCGUGAUACAUCAGAAUUUUAAUUAUAGAUUCACCUUUGUAAA